GCCUUGAGAUCUGUGGUCUUGGAACAGUGGGUUCCUCUUCUGGGUCCAGAUGUGGCCCCCUACGACAGUGUGAAGAACUCGAGCCUUCCCAUAAGCAUGUUUCCCCCAUUGCGGCUCAUGCUCUAGAAGAGGUUGUGCCAGACAGAGACAUGAUUUCAGGGCAUUGAGCCGAACCCCUUACAUGCGGCUACACAGCCCCCUUAGUCCUGCUGUCUACUGGAAUCCAGCCAACCUGGCUCAGCGCACAGGAGAAGUUUUUGGGAAUAGCAUUUCUUGGAAUUGGACUGUGGGCGUGGAAUGAAAAACAGGCAUGUUCUAGCACCUCUUACUCAUUUGUCACAUUGAGCUUAACAAAAUUAAAAAGUCCAGUGAGAAGACCCCAUCUCUAAGACAACAGAGGCCGAGCUGUCGGCUCCCCGUCAUUUUUGUAAUCCGGAAUCUCUGCUGCCAGGAUUAUGUUCAGCUCCUCUGUAAUCGCUCUGUGUAGUCGGAAGCAGUAAGACUGCUUUGCAGGGGCUCUUGGGAAACAUGGCACAGGUGAAGGAGUGCAGUCUCUUGCUCAUGUCCAUCUAGGGAGUUCUGUCCAACAUCUCUUCCAUCACCGAUCUCGGCGGCUUUGACCCAGUUUGGCUCUUCCUCGUGGUGGGAGGAGUGAUGUUCAUUUUGGGAUUCGCAGGGUGCAUUGGAGCACUACGGGAAAACACAUUCCUUCUCAAGUUCUUUUCUGUGUUCCUGGGAAUUAUUUUCUUCCUGGAGCUCACUGCUGGGGUUCUGGCAUUUGUUUUCAAAGACUGGAUCAAAGACCAGCUGUAUUUCUUUAUAAACAACAACAUCAGAGCGUACAGAGAUGACAUUGAUUUGCAGAACCUCAUAGACUUCACGCAGGAAUAUUGGCAGUGCUGUGGGGCUUUUGGAGCUGAUGAUUGGAACCUAAAUAUUUACUUCAAUUGCACAGAUUCCAACGCAAGUCGAGAGCGAUGUGGCGUGCCAUUCUCCUGCUGCACUAAAGACCCUGCAGAAGAUGUCAUCAACACUCAGUGUGGCUAUGAUGCCAGGCAAAAACCAGAAGUUGACCAGCAGAUUGUAAUCUACACGAAAGGCUGUGUGCCCCAGUUUGAGAAGUGGUUGCAGGACAAUUUAACCAUCGUGGCUGGUAUUUUCAUCGGCAUUGCAUUGCUACAGGCCCAUCCUAAAAUUCAUGUGGAAAUGCAACGGACCCAGAAUAGCAAAACAAACUUGAAAAAGAGCAAAGUUGGAGAACUCACACUUUCCGAUUACAGACUUACUACAAAGCUGCAGUGAUCAAGAUUUUUGGGAUCUGCCUGGCUCAGAAUUUGGUUAGUGAUAUUGAAGCUGUCAGGGCUAGCUGGUAGAGCCCUGCGUCACUGCUGUAAGACACUGGACCGACCCAGCCUUCCUGACCCUCCAGCGUGCCCAGCCGAAUCCACGCUGCAAUCCCACGUGAUGGAACUGCCGAGAACUUGGUUUUGGGCGGGUACAACUGGGAAAUGCUGCUCACUGACAGAAUUAAAAAGAUAACCAGUAUGAAAGUCGUUGCGCCGUGAAUCUCUACUGUAGCCAUGAAUUUAUGGUUGGUUGGAUACUUACCAAAAAAGAAAAAAAAAAGGGAGGGUGAGGGACCCAGAUGUGCUUGAAUUUGUGGAACACACAGUCUUGUUCUCUCCUUCAGUGAUCGGAGGGCUGGGAGAGGCGGUUUUUGCUCUUCGUCACACCUUGAGGGGACUUUCUGGUCUGUGGCCUAAAGAAGUGCAUCUUUUCCAAAACUCAACCCCUUACCUGGGAGGGCUGUGGUUUUUUUGUGUUUUUGUUUUUGUUUUUGUUUUGGCAUCCCUUCACUGUACAUUUCAGGAACCUGUUACAACUAUCACCCCAAGAGGAAAACAGCUUGUCUUUGGGUUCAGAUGUUGUGAUCGCAUUCACAAGUCAUGUGGGUGGGCACGCCUGGUCUCUCCUGGAGUGUCUUUUUCAGGAGGAGUUGUGUAUUCCAUGUGCAUGGAGUAAGGGGCAUUGGAACAUUUCAUGAGGCUGAAUUUUAGCAGGACAGAUCGUUGUUCUAUGUAGGCCUGAGCUGUAUCUAUCAGUGAAAUUCAAGGAGAACAUGAGGUUAAUGAAGAGGUAUUAAUUAAUAUCCCUCACCCCAGCCCACCAAAUUAGUUGUUGGAUUCUUUGGAAACUGGAAUACUCUGGGUUUUGUCCUGCUUUUUUGUGUGUGUUUUUGUUUUGGUCUCCCAGAAGUGAGAGCUAGGAAAACGGUUUCUCUUAACGUGUUUUUUUACUCCGCUCGAAUAUUAAUUUGUUUGGUAUACUCUCCCUGCAUGAUCUGUGAAUCUGACUCUACCAGCCCCUUUUCCUGCCAUCUUUCCUACAAGCAUUUAUAAACGUUACUUGGUCCGCGUUUAUUUCUUGGGCUCACUGCCGUGAGAGGUGUGGCGUGUCCUCCCUGGCUGGGAAGGGACCGGCCUGCCGUGCCGUCGCAAAUGCUUUCACGGACUCAACAAUCCCUUGACCCCGUCCAGUCUUCGGGCCCUGGUCUGCAGCACCCUCCGCCCCCUUCUCUUGGAAUGGAAUUGAAUCUAAUUCCGAAACAGUGUUGACGCAAUCAGAAAACUUCUGUUUUGUUUUGUGUUUUUUCUCAUUCUGGUUUUAGUUUGCUUUUAUUAAAAAAAGAAAAAAAAAAACAAAAACAAAAAAGCAAAAGUGCAUGGCCAGAGCUCCUUCUGUUCUCAUAGUGCAGACUAACCAGCAGGAUGGUAACAAAGCACAAAUACUUUGGAGGGAAGUGCAUCGAUGGGGCAAUUGUUCUGUGACCCAAGGUGGCACCACUUCCAGGUGCUGCCACUCACGCCUGUCCCCACUAACGUGGGGAGGGAUGAAUUUUGCCCCCAGAUUUGAUUCCAGCUGGUUUCUACCAGGAUGUCCCUCUCCUGGGGAGCAGAUAAUUAGCCUGUGGAAUGCUAGGAAAAUCACAGGUGUAUUUUGUGGUGAUGACCCACUUGCCAACACAAAACUGCAUCCUUGCCAGCGAGCAUGCUUUGUGGAAACUUAGCAAGGUUUUCUAUUUUAGCCCCAUGUUGCAUCACUGCAGCUGAUGAACGUGUUAAUCUGCUCAGAGAAAGGACGAAUAUUCUUUGAAAAUUAUCUCCAGAGUGUGGGUGUAUGUAUGACUGCAUGUGUGUUUUUGUGUCUCUGUAUAGUUAGAGAUGUUCGUUCCACAUUCCGGCUGUAAGAUGAUUUUGUGUCAUCUCUGCCCCCAUGCAGUUGUCAUUCUGUAAUGUCAUUCCAACAUGGAGAAGACUUGAGCCCUGCAGUUGGCACUCUUGUCUCUUUUUUUUAUUACCUCAUUCUCCAGUGAACUCCAUCUGACCAGUUGAUUCAGAAUCAGGCAAGAUUCCCUCCCUUUGGCACAUCCAGUGAAAGGCCAAACAGCAAGUCCAAGUGAGUUCUAAAUUUUAAUUAAUCACCCUUUAUUUUUUACACUUGAGAGUGGUUGUAAUUAAGGCUGUCAUUAAUAAACUGGUUCUACCUUA